GACGUGUUUGGAAGAGGGACGCCCUCUUCCGGUUGCGGUGUUGGGGCAAGCCGUGUGUCGGCGAUGUUCCCUCGGGUCUCCCCGUUCCUGCCGCUUCGCCCCUUGCGCCGCCUGCCCUUGUCCUGUGGAAGUCGGGAGGCCCCGAGCACCGCGACGGCGUUGCUCGCGUCUCCAGCGGGAACAGUCAGAGCAAAAAAUAAUAGCCAAAGAUAUUUCAGCACGAAUAAUGUGGCCUACUGCAAGAAAAAUGAACAGUCCGUUGAGAUUUCUGAGACUACUUCCAAGAGUCCAGAGACAGCAAAGGAAAAUACAAAAAAAGACUUGUUGAGCAUUAUCAAGGGUAUGAAGGUUGAAUUGAGCGCAGCAAAUGUACAGACAACAAGGCCACCCGGCCAAAGGCUGCCAAAAAGCGUGGAGGCCACGAUCGGCAGGCCUCCACGGGACGAAGCCCGGAGGAAGAGAGCCAAGCCCUUGAGUCCUGAGUUGGUGGCAGCCGCCUCCGCUGUUGCGGAUUCUCUUCCCUUUGAUAAGCAGAAGACCAAGUCAGACCUGCUCAGGCAGCUCCGGCAGCAUGAAGAGGACGCGCGGGCACAGAGAGAUGGGCCGAGACCGAAAAUUAGUUUCGGUAACAUAAUAUCGGAUAUGAAAGUUACCAGACCUGCUGCAGUUAGAGUUCGUCCAAGACCAGAGCACCAGAUUCAAUUUGACGAAGAGUCUGACAGCUCGCCUGAGCAGUCUGCUGAUCUCAGGAAAAGUGUUAGGAGAGAUUUAUUCAAAGGGAAGAGACUUAAUAUUUUUGACAUUGAGACAUUUACUGAAGAAGCACCUAAAACAGAAACGCCGCCUUCGCUCUGGGAUAUUGAAUUUGCUAAGCAGUUGGCUGCAGUCAGUGCACAGCCCUUUCAGAAUGGCUUUGAGGAGAUGAUCCAGUGGACCAAGGAGGGGAAGCUGUGGGAGUUUCCGAUUAACAACGAAGCAGGCUUUGAUGAUGAUGGUUCAGAAUUUCAUGAACACAUUUUCCUGGAUCAGCACCUGGAGGGUUUUCCAAAACAAGGACCGAUCCGCCACUUCAUGGAGCUGGUGACUUGUGGCCUUUCCAGAAAUCCGUAUCUCAGUGUGAGACAGAAGGUUGAGCACAUAGAAUGGUUUAGAAAUUAUUUUAAUGAAAAACGGGACGUUCUAAAAGAAAAUAACAUACAGUUCAAUUAAGACUUCGGAAGUUUUUAUUUGGAUACUGUAACUAAAUAAAAUAGUUACACUAAA